GAACUGCUCUCAUCUUCAUAUCAAACAAAAUCCGGUGUUUGUUUGCUAUUAUUAAGUGAGUGAAAGGCCUUCCUUUCUCCUCCUGUUAUCACGUAAUCAGCUGAUAAGCUGCUCAGACUUAAAGCAAUCGACCCAUUGAUGGCAGCCAGAGCAGGUUUGGUCUUUGUCCCACAAUGCAGAUAAUCAAGCUAUUGCUCCUCGGAUUUUCCGGCUUAAUUCUUUUCUCGGUCUCGUCAGUGAAGACAAAAAGUAAUGACGAUCCAGACUAUGAGUAUAGAUUUGACAAGGCGAGAAGCAUCUUUGAUAAACUGCAAAACGAGACGGCCAAGAUUCACGAAAUUGAGGCUGAGGCAGCUUCCUUUUUUUUAUUCCUGCCAGACGGCACCAUGCACAAGAAUCUUUCGCAAAAAUUAUCAGACACAGAGAAUAACGACGGAACCGAGUAUGUAGGCGCAAAAGAGAACAUUGACAAGGCACUCGACACAAUCAGUAAACUACACGACGAGAUUAAUUAUUUCCAGGGCAAUGCGACUUCCUUUAACUUCAUCAUAAACGUCAUGCUAGAAGAUGACAUUUUCGACAGAUUGGCCAAUUUAGGGGUGGUGAAGGAGCCUGUGAUCGACGUGGCACGCCAACUAUCAAAUGGGGGCAAAUCCGUGAUCGAGAAUAUACUGGAAGUAAUUGACAUAGGUUGUGAAAAUUUCAAAGCGGUUGUUUCUGAUGCAAAAGAAAACCUUAAAAGAAAUCAUUUCAAGGCUAUUCUCACCGAUUACAUCACCUUUUGCAAGAAGAACAACCCCAUUCAGGUUGCGUUCAAUCAGCUGUUGCCCAUGAUUCAUGAAACUAUGAAAUUUAUGGACGAUAUGAUAAAAUUUUGCAUGAAUGAAGAGAGUGCUGAGCAGGUUGAAAAAGUUCGCCGUAGCUUAGAUCUAACCCGGUCAAUCAUGGAAGGAGAUCUAAGCGAAUUUAGAGAGUCCAAAAUUUUGUACGACUCAGCAGCGGACGCUUCGAUGGAUGCGCUUUUCAAGGUUGUCCAACAAAUCCGGCUCACUCACUCAAGCGGCAGGAAAUACAGGAUCAAUAAACUCCACUGAUGCUGUUCAUCGGGUGUAAAUAUUAUAUAUGAUAUUUUAGUGAGAAUAAACAAAUAUUUAUUAUACAAAAUGUGA